UUUUUUUUUUUUUAAAAAAAAAAAAAAAAAACUAAAACCAAACAAAAGUAGUUAAAUUUUAAUAAAAUGAGUAAAAUGAAGUUUAAAAAAAUUAUUGAAGAAAAAAUUGAAAAAGAUGGCAAAGUUAAAUUAAAAGUCCAAAAAGAUGGAUUUCAUUCAGUGUUAGUCCGUUUAAAUCCUAACGAGAAAUUAUCAAAUAUUCGUCAAGAACUUGAAAAAAAUUCGGUAAUUUCAAUGAAAGAUAUACAUUUGUUUGCAGCGAAAAGAAAUGUAAUAGCAAGGGAAGAAGAAAAAGAUUGGAAAUUAGAUGAUAUUAUAGAAACAAGUGGUAAUGAUAAAAUUUUAUGUUUAGUAAAAAGUUCGACUCCUAAUGUGAGAUUUUUGAUAGAUCAUCAUAAAUUAGAAUAUGGGCGUACUAUAACUCCUAAUGGAAUUGAGGUAGCUAGUGAAAAAUCCUUUGACAUAGAGGAGGGUUGUAAAUUGAAGGAAUUUGGUGCUGAAGGAUACGGAAAAGGAAAAUAUGAAUAUAAUUCAAAUGAAAGUGAGAUUAUAAAAACGUUAUUAUCUUUAAGUAGUGAUAUUGAUGUACAAAACUUUGCAAAUUUUGCAUUAUCAUUUGGAAAAACGAAAAGUACAAGUUCUAGUAAUUCUACUGAAAUUAGUUCAAUGUGUAAUUUUACCUUUUAUAACAAAGUAUCUUUAAAAUUAUUUGAAGAUUUAGAACAAAUAAAUUAUGAUCAUUAUCUUAAACCAACUGAAAAAUUUCGUAAUAAAAUAGAAAUGGCUAUAAAAUCUGCAAAUCCUAGAAAAGAAUUUAAGGAAAUUACUAAAGAAUUUGGUCGAUUCAUUUCAAAUGAAGUUCUUUUGGGAGGAAAAAUUUAUUUUGAGGGAGAAGAAAGUUUACAAGAAACUUUAAAAGAAAAUGAGAAAGAAUUUGGUAUGAAUUUAAGUAGUCCUGCUUCAAAAACUGAAGCAAAAAAGAAUGCUGUAAAUUCAAUUGGAAAAUUUAAGCGUUCUAAAAAUGAACUAUUUAAAUUAAUUGGAAGUAAGCAACCUAAUAGCCUUGAAGAAUUUGAUGAAAAAACUUGGAUUGAAUCUUUAAAUGAUUUUGAAAGUUGGGGUUGUACGGAAUAUAAAAAACCUGUUAGCAUUUUCCGACCUUUACCUUAUGAUUUACGUAAAAGAAUCUUCAAAUCUAUUGGAAAGAGAAUUCUUUAUAAUGAUCCAGGAGAAGAUUAUAUUUAUCUGCCUGAAAAAAAAAGUUUUGAAUUAAAAAAUGUGCCACCACAUAUAGCGGAUAUUAUUCAAAAAGAAGAUGCCGAAUGCAAUAUUUUUGCUACUGUUAUCGAUACUGAUGAUUCAAAAAAUGAUUUUUUUAAUUGUCAAAUCCUUUGGAUACCAAAUAAGAAACCGAGACUCAUAAUUCAUUGUAUUCAAAAUUCUAAUUUUAAAAAACCAAAGUAUAACCUUAAAAUCGGACUGAUGGUUGUUGGUUAUGAUAUAAAUUUCGACUUCGUUAAUUCAGAUUCUAAUAUUCACUUUGAAGUAAUAGAAAAUAAAAUUGAGGCAUCAAAAUCGAUGUAUUGUAAAAAAAUUUUUAAAGAUUCAUUUACUAAAGAAUACAAAGAAUACGAAGAACAUAUUUGUAUAGGAAUUCCAGUACUAAGAGAAUUGAAACCUUCUCUUGAUUCUCUUGUCAUUGGCCAUCAUUUUUUCAAUUAUCAAGAGAGUAAUAGUUUUGGGACAUACACAUUUUCUUAUUGUUUAAAGAAAAAUCAUUAUGUUGAAUUACCAGGAUUUACUUUUCACACGCUCAUUAUCUCAAAUUAUCCUGAUUGUAAUGAAUAUAAAAUAAUACCUUUUAAUUGUAGAAAUUCUAUCAUUGAUAAAAUAUUAUCUUUUAAUUUUAGGAAUUCUGUCCCUUUACCCAAUGAUGAUGACACUCAUUCUUCACAACCAGUAAUACCAAAAUACAUUAGUUUACAUUCUAGUGAAGAUAAUUGUGCUCCAAUUUUCCUAAAACAAAAGCAGAAUGAAAUUAAAAUAAAAUAUAUGAAAGGUAAAGAAAAUUGUAAAGAUAAUUGCAUUUGCAAAAAGACUUUAAAAGAAGAUGAUCUAAAAUUGCACUCUUUGAUAACUCCAAAGGCUCUACAUGAAUCUACAUGAAACUGAUUAGUCAUACGAAUAUGACGAAUAUGAUUAAAAUGUUUUGUUUGAUCAUUUUUUUUUAAAAAUAUUUUUAUUAUUAUUUAUUUUUUAAGAUAGAAAAUUUAGGAUUAGGUUUAUCAAACAAUAAAAAUUUUUUAUUU